GUUAACUUUAACCGCACAUUGCAUGAGUAUGAAGAGGGCUUUGGAAACAGAGAAACAGAAUAUUGGAUUGGACUGAAAAAAAUGCGAAAGAUACUAAGAAUCGGCGAAUAUGAUACGAUGAAAAUUGCCUUUUAUAACAAUGAUUAUUCUAAUCGGAAACAAGCUUAUUACAAACAUGUUUCUAUUGGAAACAAAACCACUGGGUAUGCUUUCAGUUCCAGUGCGUAUAUUGGAGACAGAAGCACUGCACCAGAUAUAAUGCUUGGUAGUGUAAAUGCUUUGGAUCAACCUUUCUCUACCUUUGAUAAUGACUCGACUGGACAUGCAUGUGCUGCUAAUUUUGGAGGCGGUUGGUGGUUUGAUAAUGAUCCUAAUUGCUCUUUAGCUAACAUAAAUGGUCUCCGUAAUGCCCUAUCGUAUGGUCAGUAUGCAAACAUCCUUGAGAUUCAAAUACAAAUAUCCAAUGACAAUAUAUAA